AUGGUUAAAAAAGACGAAGAAAUGAGCGUUUCCUCGGAAGCGAAAGGUCCAUUAAAAAGUUUUCAAGCUUUGAUGGGCGAAGGUGAAAAGUUUUCUCGUGAUAAACUUUAUACUAAAGCUAUUCAAUGUUAUACCGAGGCACUUGAUCUUUUACCACAAGAUGAAGAAAAAUCAACAGAAAAAGAUACUAGUGAUCGAUUAAAUGGUUUAGUUUCACGAUCAGCAUGUUAUUUAAAAAUUGGAAAAAAUGAUUUAGCAUUGCAAGACGCUGAACAUUCUUUAAAGGCUAAUAAAGAAUUUACAAAAGGUUUAUAUCAAAAAGCCGAAGCUCUUUACGCAAUGGGUGAAUUUGAAUUAGCAUUAAUGUUUUAUCAUCGUGGUAAAAAACUUCGAUCUGAUCUUCGAGAAUUUCAAUUAGGUAUUAACAAAGCUCAAGAAGCUAUUGAUAAUUCAGUUGGAGAUCCCAAUCGUGUUAAACUUGAAGCUAGUGGUGAUUUAUCAAUUUUUUACAAGAAUGAUGAGAAAAAAAAACAACCAAUGGGUUAUGUACGUGCUUCGCAAAAGAAAGAAACUGCUGUUCAACGAAAACAACAUACACCUGUAUCUAAUCCAAAAACAACUAAACAACUUUUAGGAGAUCUUUAUGAAGAUCGAGCUUUUCUUGAAAAAAUUAUUAAUAAUACAGUUGUUACAAAGGCAAAUACAAAAUCAGGUGAUGCCAUUUAUCAAUUAGCAUCAGAUGGACUUGAUUAUUUGGAUAGUCGAACAGAUUUUUGGCGUCAACAAGAACCACUUUAUGCUCGUUCGAGAUUUAUUAAAAAACUUGAAGGUGAUGAAGAAUCUUAUAAACAUAUUCGUCAUGAACUUGAAGCUAUUGAUGAUCAACAAAAUAAAGACCAAUUUGUUGAUGCACGUCGUCGUGCACAUCGUUUACUUGACUUCUGUGAUCGUUUAGAUGAAAGAAAAUUUGCUGAAAAACAAUCUGUACUUGCUGAUGUUUAUUCACGUUUAGGAAAUGCUUAUUUAGAAUUAGGUGAUUAUAAUAAAUCACUAGAAUAUCAUAAUCGAGAUUUAAAAAUUGCCGAAACAAAACAAUUUCCGGAACGUUCAUCACGUGCCUUGGAUAAUUUGGGUCGAGUUUAUGCACGUAGUGGACAAUUUCCACAAGCUAUUCAAGUAUGGGAAAGAAAAAUUCCUUUAGCAACAUCAUCAUUAGAAAAAGCUUGGCUAUUUCAUGAAAUUGGUCAAUGCCAUUUUGGACUUGGUGAUUUUGAAAGAUCUAAACGUUAUGGUGAACGAUCAUUUACGGAAGCUGUUGCUGUUAACGAUGCAGUGUGGCAAUUAAACGCUAAAGUUCUUGCUGCACAUAGUCAAACAAAAUUGCGACAAUAUCGUGAAGCUGAACAAACAUUUGAUGAAGCACUUUCAUUAGCAAAAGAUCAAAACGAUGUUGCUGCUGAACGAGCUAUCGAACGUGCAAUGAAAGAAGUUCGAGAUCAAAUCGCUAAAGGAGCAGCUGAUUCUCCACCUGAUCGAACAGAAAUAAAUUAUGAAAUAAAAGUAAAAAGUAAUGACAAUAUUAUGUAUGGUGAUAAUGAUCAAAGUACAAUACGAUUCAUUAUCUAUGGAGAUAAUGGAAGUUCAGGUCCUAUUGAUUUCCGUAGUGAUGAAAAUGAUACUAAGAAAUAUGAUGGACAAUCGAUGACACUUAAAAGGAAAGCGUUCGAUGCAGGAAAAAUGACGAAAAUUGCAUUAACAUGUAAUAGUAUUGAAUCAUGGCCGCUUGAUUCAAUUGAAGUUUCGGAUAAUAAACGAAAAACAAAAAUUAGAUUUUUACCAGCUCAACCAAUUGAUUCAACGACAACUGUUGUUGAUUUAUAUCCUGAAGCAUCCAUUGUUCAACCAUCUUCAGAUUCAUCGGGAAAAGAUGAAAAAAAAACUAAAGCUGCAGGUACGCUCGGAUCUCGACAAUCGCCACAAACAACGAAACGAAAUGAACAAGGACCUUCAUCAACACGUACAAAUGAAUCACAUAAAAAGUCAACAAAAACUGAUGAACAAAAAUCGAAAACGACAAAAUCAGAUGAACAAAAAACACCUAAAAAAGAUGAUGCAACUGAUAAAAAACCAACUCAAAAAACAUCUUCAACAACUGAAUCAUCAUCUGAUUCAAGUAAAAACAUUGAAUAUACAAUAACUGUUCAAACAGGUUCAGUACAAUUCGCUGGUACUGAUGCAAAUGUAUUUAUUUCUCUCUAUGGUGAUAAAAACAAAAUCGUUCGAUAUCAACUUAAAACUUCUGUGAACCAUAAGGAUAUAUUUGAAAAAGGUCAAAAAGAUGAUUUCGUAGUUAAAGAUAUUGACAUUGGACAAUUAAAAACAAUUACUAUUGAACAUGAUGGUACUGGUUUAGCUUCUGGUUGGUAUUUGGAUUUUGUUCAAGUUAAAUAUGACAAUAAUACUGUCAUGUUUCCUGUUGAACGUUGGCUUGAUACAAAUCAAGAUGAUAAACGAAUUAGUCUUGAACUUGAACCUAAUAAAAAACCUACAUCAAAACUUACAACUGAAGAUACAAAAGAAGCAAAUGCCGUUGAAUAUGAAAUAACAGUUAGAACAGGCGAUAAACGAUCAGCUGGAACUGAUGCAAAUGUAUACAUAAGUUUAUUUGGUGAUAAAGAUAAACUUGAGCGACGUCAAUUAAAAGAAUCACUUGAUGGAGCACGAAAUUUAUUUGAACAAGGAGCAACAAAUCGUUUUCAAAUUUAUGCAGCUGAUGUUGGAAAAAUUAAAACAAUUCGAAUUGAACAUGAUGGAAGUGGUUUAGGUAAUGGUUGGUAUCUUGAUUCAAUUGAAGUUCGUCAUAUUUCACAUGAUGAAACUUAUAAAUUUCCCGUUGAUCGAUGGUUGGAUGUAGGUGAAGGUGAUAAGAGAAUUUCACUUGAUCUUGAACCAGAUAAAAAACCUGGACAAUUAAAAGGUAAAAAGUUUAUUUUAAAUAUUUAG